AUGUCUCGAUUCAAUAUCUUACUAUUCCUAACACUCACCAUUACCACUAUUUCACUGGUUACAUCCCAAGUCCCACCAGAGAAGCAAUUCAGAGUCGUAAACCAAGGCGAAUUCGGCGAAUACAUAACCGAGUACGACGCGAGUUACCGAUUCAUCACAUCACCAAACGCAAGCUUCUUCUCAAGACCAUUCCAGCUUUUAUUUUACAACACUACCCCUAGUGCCUACGUCUUAGCUCUCCGAGUCGGUCUCAGACGUGACGAGUCACUCAUGCGUUGGAUCUGGGACGCAAACCGGAACAAUCCCGUCGGAGAAAACUCGACGCUCUCGUUCGGUCGCGACGGUAACCUUAAACUCGCUGAGUCAAACGGACGAGUCAAAUGGCAAACCAACACAGCUAACAAAGGCGUAACCGGAUUCAAGAUCUUGCCCAACGGCAACAUCGUACUACACGACAGAAACGACAAGUUCGUGUGGCAGAGCUUCGACCACCCAACCGACACACUCCUCACUGGACAAUCGUUAAAAGUUAACGGAGCUAACAAACUCGUUAGCCGUAAAUCCGACAUGGACGGUUCGGAUGGUCCGUACAGUCUCGUCUUAGACAAAAAAGGUUUAACCAUGUACGUCAACAAAACCGGUACGCCGUUAGUUUACGGAGGUUGGCCAGAUCACGAUUUCCGUGGCACCGUUACGUUCGCCGUUAGACGUGAGUUCGAUAAUUUAACGGAGCCGUCAGCUUACGAGCUCCUCCUCGAACCAGCACCACAACAACCGGGUAAUAACCGUCGGUUACUACAAGUCCGACCAAUCGGAAGCGGAGACGGAACACUGAAUCUCAACAAAAUCAAUUACAACGGAACGAUUUCGUAUCUCCGAUUAGGAUCUGACGGAUCUCUAAAAGCUUUCUCGUAUUACGAUCCAGCUACGUAUCUAACAUGGGAAGAGAGUUUCUCCUUCUUCUCCACUUACUUCGUCCGGCAAUGCGGCUUACCGUCGUUUUGCGGCGAUUACGGUUACUGCGACCGAGGAAUGUGCAUCGCUUGUCCGACGCCGAAAGGGUUAAUCGGGUGGAGUGAUACAUGCGCGGCGCCUAAAACGACGACGUUUUGUAGCGGAGGAAAGGGUAAAACGGUCAAUUAUUAUAAGAUUGUUGGUGUUGAGCAUUUUACUGGGCCUUAUGUGAAUGAUGGACAAGGCCCAACUUCGGUGAACGAUUGCAAGGCGAAGUGUGAUCGUGAUUGCAAGUGUUUGGGGUAUUUCUACAAGGAGAAAGAUAAGAAAUGUUUGAUUGCUCCUCUUCUUGGUACACUCAUCAAAGAUGCAAACACUUCUUCUGUUGCUUACAUCAAAUACUAG